AUGAACAGGGUUAAUGAUACAACUCCAGAAGGCUUCAUCCUUCUGGGCUUCUCAGACAGUCCAAGGCUGGAAAUUACCCUCUUUGUGCUUGUGUCCAUCUUUUACAUGAUCACCCUAGUGGGCAACAUCACCAUCAUUCUUUUGUCCCACAUAGACUCUCAUCUCCAAACACCCAUGUAUUUCUUCCUCACCCAACUCUCCUUCCUGGACCUUUGCUUCACCACCAGCUGCAUUCCGCAGAUGCUGGUCAACCUCUGGGGCCCAGACAAGACCAUCAGCUACUUGGGAUGUGCAGCUCAACUCUACAUCUUCUUGGGAUUGGGUGCUGCUGAGUGUGUCCUGCUGUUGGUCAUGGCUUUUGACCGUUACAUAGCAGUGUGUCGGCCUCUGCACUAUGCAGUCAUUAUGCACCCGAGGUUGUGUAAGAAGCUGGUGUUUAUGGUCUGGGUGAGUGGAAUUUUUGGCACCUUGGUGCAGUCACCCACCACAAUGAAACUGCCCUUCUGCCAUCACCACAAAGUAGACGACUUUGUCUGUGAAGUCCCUGCAUUGAUCCGCCUAGCCUGUGGAGACACACACGUCAAUGAACUCCAGAUCUCAGUGAUUGGAGCCAUCUUCUUGAUGGUGCCCCUACUGCUCAUCCUUGUCUCCUAUGGCUACAUUACUCAGGCAGUGCUGGCAAUUCAGUCCCAAGAAGGAAGGAGCAAAGCCUUCCGCACCUGCUCUUCCCACCUCAUGGUUGUUUUCCUCUUCUACUGCAGUGUCACUGCUGUCUACAUCCAACCCCGAAGUUAUUUUUCUCAAAAAGGAGGGAAAUUCUUGACUCUUUUCUAUACUGUGGUGACUCCCACUCUCAACCCCCUCAUCUAUACCUUGAGGAACAAGGACAUGAAAGGGGCUCUCAAUAGACUUUUUAGGAAAGACAGAAAGACCAGUAAGGAAUGA